CCGGCUUUCUCUGAGUAGGUCAUUCGUCAAGAGCCUGGCAUCUCUCCCCACUCCCCAGAGUUGAUCCUUUAGAUUUGGUGACUUGGCGUUCCACGGGCUUCUUGUCAUCAUGGUAAUACAGGCGAAGACACCCCUUGAGGUGAUUAUUGUUGGGGCAGGAAUUGGUGGCAUGGCAGCAGCCUUGACUUUGGGGUCAAAAGGACACCAUGUCACAAUUUUGGAAUCCGCUCCAAAGCUCCUGGAGGUCGGUGCCGGUAUUCAAGUUUCCCCGAAUAUGUUGCGGAUUUUUGACCGCUGGGGCGUAUCCCCUUUGAUUCACUCAAAAGACGUUGCCCUGGAGCAUAUCCAUGUCCGCCGGUGGCAAGACGGUAGUCUUUUAGGCACAAUGCCUGUAAACAAAACAUACGGCCAACAGGUAGUUAUUCAUCGUGCAGAUCUCCACAACGCCUUGAUUGAGCAAGCGCUGGCGCUGCCAAAUGUGGAACUUCGAGUAAAUUCGACCGUCACCGAUGUUCAAUUUGGCCCGGCAUCUGUGACGUUAGCUGAUGACACUGUUGUCCGAGGGGAUGUUGUGAUAGCGGCCGACGGCAUCAAAUCCACCAUCCGUGGUCAUCUACUUGGCGAAGACUCGCCCUCAAAGGCCAUUCCAACAGGCGAUGCAGCCUAUCGCAUCAUGUUGCCACGGAGCACGAUGGAAAAGGAUCCCGAACUAAAAGAGCUAUUGGACGAGCCACAAGCAACUCGUUGGAUCGGUCCUGAUCGUCACAUCAUUGCCUAUCCCGUCCGCAAACACGAGCUCUUCAACGUGGUACUGCUUCAUCCGGAUGGACAUGGCGUGGAGGAAUCGUGGACUACCAAAGGAUCGAAGCAGGAGAUGGUUGACAACUAUCGCGGCUGGGAUCGAAGGGUGCAAAAGCUCAUUAAAUUGGUUGCGGAAGAUGAGGUUCUUGAGUGGAAGCUCUGUCUGCAUUCUCCCUUGAAGACUUGGAUUAAAGAUAGUGUGGCGUUAAUCGGUGACGCUUGUCAUCCUAUGCUGCCAUACGUCGCUCAAGGUGCCGCGCAGGCUGUCGAAGACGCUGCCGCCCUAGGUGUUCUCCUAUCAACAAUUUCAUCCAAGCAUGAAAUCCCCGUAGCCCUACGGGCGUACGAAAAGUCCCGGAAGCAACGCGCGGAGACAGUUCAGCAGUCCGGUUCGGCAAACCGUAUCACGCUGCAUCUUCCUGACGGUCCUGAACAGCAGGCUCGAGACGAGCAGUUCCGUCGAUCGAUGACCGGCGGGUCUAAUCCCGAUCGAUGGGCAGAUCGUGAGACGCAGACUUUCUUAUGGGGAUGGGAUGCCGAGAAAGCGGCCCUGGAGGCCUGGAAUGAAAUACGCGAUGAGAAUGUGCUUGAACCGCGUCAUCACCUGUAGUGGGGUUCUUUCAACGUAGUGGUCGGAUAGUUUGGCGCACGUGCGCCGUACAACAUCAUAUUCUAAGUGAACAAGAGUCUACUUCCGCAUGUAUCAAGCGAUUCGUUUCAUGUUUGUACAGCGCUCGUCUCAUGUAUAUACCGAGAUUUCUCUUGCUGUUCCUACUUUGGGGACCGGAUCUAUGUAAAUAUGGUCG